GCAAGAGGCCUGAACAAGCACGCGCUCGCAGAUCAUCGACAUGGGUUGUGAGAGGACGCCGCUGGCCGUUGCUCUGGCACUGGCCCUGCUCCUGGGCCUCGCCCACGGCGACGUGGUGCAGUUCAUCUUCGGCGACUCGCUGUCGGACGUGGGCAACAACAACUACCUGACCAAGAGCCUCGCGCGCGCGGCGCUGCCGUGGUACGGCAUCGACUUCGGCAGCGGUAUGCCCAACGGCAGGUUCUGCAACGGCCGCACCGUCGCGGACAUCAUCGGCGACAAGAUGGGCCUCCCGCGCCCGCCCGCGUUCCUGGACCCGUCCGUGGACGAGACCGUCAUCGCCAAGAGCGGCCUCAACUACGCGUCCGGCGGCGGCGGCAUCCUCAACGAGACCUCGUCCCUCUUCAUCCAGAGGUUCUCGCUGUACAAGCAGAUCGAGCUGUUCCAGGGGACGCAGGCGUUCAUGCGGGAGAAGAUCGGGCGGGCGGCGGCGGACAAGCUGUUCGGCGAGGCCUACUACGUGGUGGCCAUGGGCGCCAACGACUUCAUCAACAACUACCUGCUCCCCGUCUACUCCGACUCGUGGACCUACAACGGCGACACCUUCGUCAAGUACAUGGUCACCACCCUGGAGGCCCAGCUCCGGCUCCUGCACGGGCUGGGCGCGCGCCGGGUCACCUUCUUCGGGCUGGGGCCCAUGGGCUGCAUCCCGCUGCAGCGGCUCCUGCAGAGGUCCUCCACGGCGUGCCAGGAGUCCACCAACAAGCUCGCCCUCAGCUUCAACAAGCAGGCCGGCGCGGUGAUCAGGGAGCUGGCGGCGUCGCUGCCCAACGCCACGUUCCAGUUCGGGGACGUCUACGACUACUUCCAGGACAUCAUCGACCGCCCCUACAUGCACGGCUUCAACAACUCCCACGCGCCCUGCUGCACGCUCGGCAAGGUGCGGCCGACCCUGACGUGCACCCCGCUCUCCACGCUCUGCAAGGACCGCAGCAAGUACGUGUUCUGGGACGAGUACCACCCCACCGACAGGGCCAACGAGCUCAUCGCGCUCGAGACGCUCAAGCGGCUCAACAUCACCGUCGUUGCCAACACCACCUCCAGCUAGCCUGCCUGCCUGCCACCGACGCCGCCCACCAAAAUGCGUACGCUUCGACAUGCAUGGGCGCUGCUGCUGUGUGUUGUCUUAAUUAUACUGCGGGUGCUUCGAUUGUAACCAAAGUAGGAUGAUCGAAAAUUCUAGGAUGAUGUCCAAGAAAUGGGAUGGAGAAUAGAUGCAUGUAGGUGUCCUGGAUAUGAAAUUUUUUUGAGUAUGAGAGAACAGCAUACCAGGAUCAUGCAUCUAUCUUAAAUCUCAAGAGGCCACUAUUAAGACGUUGAUGUUUAAGACGGUGAUGUUCUAUUUGCAUGUGAAAUUUCAAGUUCAAAGACGGUACCAUUUA